AUGCUGUCGCUCCUUUGGGGGGUGCCGCUCGUGGGUGUCAACCACUGCGUGGGCCACAUUGAGAUGGGCCGCGCCGUCACGGGGGCUGUCGACCCGGUGGUGCUCUAUGUUAGCGGCGGCAACACACAGGUGAUAGCUUACUCACAUCAGCGCUACAGGAUAUUUGGGGAGACCAUAGACAUGGCGGUGGGGAACUGCCUGGACCGCUUUGCGCGGCUGCUCGGGCUGUCCAACGACCCCAGCCCCGGCUACAACAUCGAACAGCUUGCAAAGCAGGAGACUGUGUUUGCGAUGCUGGUGGAGAUCACGGAGCGCGCCAUGGCCCACACCGGCAAGAACGAUGUGCUGGUUGUCGGGGGCGUGGGGUGCAACGAGCGGCUGCAGGGCAUGAUGCGCACCAUGGCAGAGGAGAGGGGCGGCACGCUCUACGCCACGGACGACCGCUACUGCAUCGACAACGGCGCCAUGAUCGCGUGGCCGGGCCUGCUGGCCUUCAAGUUGGGGCUGACCACGCCCCUCAAGGAGACCACCUGCACGCAGCGCUUCAGGACGGAUGACGUGCUCGUGGCCUGGAGGGACGACUGA